UCCAAUUAUGCCCCCGACAAAUCGGUGAAGCUUCAUUUUAACCCGCAAAGGAUUCAUGGCCCCGACUCCGAUUGUGAAGAGACGAAGACGGUGACUGGAAAGUGGAAACUGGAGUUUCCUUCUGCUGCCUGUUUGGACUCGCUGAAACUUUCCCAAGAUUUUUCCGAGAAAAUUCCAGUUUUUCUCCAAAUGCUUAAACCCUAAAGCAGAAUGCUGGGUUUUCUCCCCAAGGAAGCUUUAGAAGCAUGUACAGAACUGCAGCGACGGUCCCUUUCCGGUUCUUUGCGGACGCGUUUCGGAGAUCAAUAUCACAAGAAAAUAGAUGGAGUGGUGCGGCAAAAGAAUUCGCUUUCUCAAGAACUAUUUCAACGGCAGAAGAAUCAGCCACAAAAUCCAUGCAGAUGCAGAUUGUUGAUGCGCUUUCCGCUGGCAAGAGAAGUGAAGCGUCCAGUGCACUUUCAAGUCUUGCUCGUGGAAAUUACUCGCUAAGAGCUAAUGAUUUUCUUGAUAUCUUUAGAUACUGUGCAAGUUCUCCUGAUCCGUUGUUUGCGUUGGAGACUUGGAGCUUAAUGGAGGAAAACCAGAUCAGCUUGGAUAGCUAUUCUUCCUUGCUAAUGAUACGUGCACUCGGAGAAGGGGGUUACCUGGAUGAGGCAUUCCAGUUGAUAAAUUUUCUUGGAGAAAGUCAAGGCAUUUACCCGCUUCUGUCUAUUUACAAUUGUUUCUUGGGUUAUUGCGCCAAAGUGAAAAGUAUAGAUCAUGCCAAUCAAUGUUUGGAUCUGAUGGACCGCAGAAUGGUUGAAAAAAAUCAAGUUACUUACGUGCAGCUUCUUAAGUUAGCAGUUUGGCAGAAAGACCUGUUUACUGUCCAAGAAAUGUGGAAAGAAUGUAUCUUGAAGUAUAGUCCAAACAUUAUCUGUCUGACUCUGAGGAGAUUUAUCUGCUCCUUAGCUCGGUUGGGAGAUCUAAAAUCUGCUUAUGAAGCUUUGCAGAAAAUGAUGGUUUUAGCCAUCAGGGGUAGUACUUCUAUCAGAGCUAGAGAGCCUGAGAAUGUUCGAAUAAGAACGCUGAAUGUAUACAAAAGAGAGCUUGUUAUGAAGCGUUUGACGGCGUCUUUCAAUGACAUCAUUGCUGCGUGUGCAUAUUUUAAAAAUUAUUGGCCUAUAGAGGUUUUAAUAGCUCAGAUGCAAAUACUUGGGUUGCAACUAACGAGUCAUCAAUGCUAUGGUUUGAUUAAAGCAGCUGUUUCUAAGAGAGGUUUCAGAAGUGGAAUGGAAGUGUUGAAAAUAAUGGAGCGAAGAAACUUGGAAGUGAGUUAUAAGAUUCUUGCAACCCUUUCAAUAAGUUGCAGUGAAGCAUUGAAAUUGGACUUGGCUGAGGCUAUGCUGGAUCAAAUAGAUAAAUGUCCUUAUGCACAUCCUUUUAAUGUUUUUUUUGCAGCAUGUGAUGCAUUGGACCAACCUGAACGUGCUUUGCGGGUCGUGAAAAAGAUGAGAAAAAUAAAACUUCCGCCAGAUAUAAAGACAUAUGAGGUUUUGUUUUCACUAUUUGGAAAUGUAAACGCGCCAUAUGAAAGGGAAAACAUGCUGUCACAGGUGGAUGUUGCUAGAAGAAUAAAAGGUUUAGAAAUGGAUAUGGCAAAAUAUGGGAUCCAGCACAGUCAUUUAUCAAUGGAGAACUUGUUGAAAGCCCUUGGAGCAGAAAGGAUGAUAGAAGAGCUGAUUCAUUAUUUACAUGUGGCAGAGACCAUUUUCAGUCGUAGCGGAACUUCUCCGGGGACACCCAUCUACAAUGUGGUGUUACAAUCACUUGUUAAUGCUAAGGAAAGUCACAUAGCAAUAGAAAUGUUCAAAAGCAUGAAGUCAUGUGGCAUGUCGCUUACUGCAGCGACUUAUAAUAUCAUGAUUGAUUGCUGCAGCAUUUUAAGAUGCUUCAGAUCUGCUAGCGCCAUUCUUUCCAUGAUGCUCCGUGAUGGGUUUUAUCCAACGGUAGUGCAUUUCACUACUCUCAUGAAGGUUCAGUUGGAAAAUAGGAAUUUCAGUGGAGCACUAGAUCUUUUGGAGCAAGCUGGCUUAGAAGGAAUUCAAUUUGAUGUUUUGUCGUUUAAUAUUCUUCUUCGGAGAGCAUCUGAAAUGGGAAUGAUUGAUGUGGUUGAGUUUGUUGUUGAGCUAAUGCACCAAGAAAACAUCAAGCCCGACCCAUCAACCUGUGAAUACGUGUUCCGUGCGUAUGUCGAUUGUGGUUUUCACAGCACAGCCAUGGAAGCAUUGCAGGUGUUGAUCAUGCGUAUGUUAUGUAAAGAAUCUGGCGGCAGUCUUCCAGAACAAGAAAAGGAACUCUGGGACGAUCUUGUCCUUGCUGAGGACGAGGAAGCCGAGUCAAGGAUACUCCAGCUGUUUGAAAAUUUUGAGGAGGACCGUGCUGUUGCUUUUCUGUGUUUACGAUGGUCUGACAUGCUUGGUUUUUCAAUGUCUUCGUCACCUGAUCAUAGUCCAUGGGCGAAAAGACUCUCAACUAAAUAUGGUACCUGGAAAUGACCCACUUGACACAAAUUGAUGCUGUUCUUACCAUUUCAAACGGGCGUUUGCAAAUUUGGUUUUACAAAGCGGAGAGAACUACUUGGUUGAAAGUAACUAGGAUUCUGGGGCGACAAGUUCCUUUGAUGACCCUUAGGCAGAAUUAGCAGUGUCAUUACAUUUUGAAUGACUCGCAUUAGGAAAAUACCAUCUUCAAUCUGGUGGGAUGUCAGUCGGAUUGGUUUACCUUUUUUUCUUUUUUUUUUAUCAUAAUUAUUUUUUU